UAGGAUAUACGGAUAUGACUUUCCAGAGAGUCUACGACUCACUGCGAGAUCUUUUUCCGAUGGUUAAUGACCAAGCUCUUAGAGCUGUUGCCAUCGAGCAUGUCAACGAUGUUGAUGCGGCUAUUGAAGCAGUUUCUUUAUUACCACUUGAGAAUUUAUAUGAAUAUGCUGAGAAUGAUUUAGAUGAAUAUGAUGAGGAUGAAGAUGAAUAUGAUGAGAAUGAUUUAGAUGAAUAUAAUGAGAAUGAUUUAGAUGAAUAUGAUGAGAGUGAUUUAGAUGAAUCAAAUUUAUCCUCGACUACUACUGACAGUACGUCCAGUGAGGAACACUUGAUUGUUUUAGAUGAAUCAGAUAUAUCCUCGUCUACUGACAGUGCUUCCCGUGGGAAAAACAUGAGCAAUCCUCUUGGAGCGGAGGAUGAAACAGCCUUGAAUUCCUCCAUGUGUAGUCAAAAUUGUACUAAUAUUGAUCACUUGGAGGAAAUCAUCGGCGAUGCAAGAAAUAAUAAGAAAACAUUGUUCAUGGAAAUGGAGUCUGUCAUCAACUUGAUGAAGCAAGUGGAGGUGAAGGAGCAUGCUGCAGAACAGGCCAAAACGGAAGCUGCAAGAGUGGAGAUGGACGCGCAGAAUGAGAUUAAGGAGCUGAAAAUAACGAUCAAACAUGCGAAGGAGGCGAAUGACAUGCAUGCUGGGGAUGUUUGUGGUGAGAAAGUCAUCUUGACAACGGAGCUGAGAGACCUCCAUUCUCGCUUGGUUUCCCUCUCCAAUGACAGGGAUAAAUCACUUGCAGAUCUUGAUGAGAUGCGUCAAUGUUUAGAGGUUCGACUAGCUGCUGCUGAGAAUGAAAUAAGAUCUGCAGAGGCGAAAAAAUUUGUGAAUGAACAAUGUGGAAAGCAAUCCAUCAUUGAACAGAAAUUAAUUAUAGCACAAGUGGUACAAGAAUCAAAGAACUUGAGACAACAGGCUGAGGAUAAUGCUAAGUUACAUGCGUUUCUCGUGGAUCGUGGGCAACUUGUAGAUACAUUACAGGGAGAAAUAGCUGUUAUAUGUCAGGAUGUGAAGCAGCUAAAGGAGAAAUUUGACCAGCGUCUUCCGCUUAGCAGAUCACUUUUCUCCACUCAGACGAGCUUCCUCUUAGCUUCUUCGAAAUCAUCCUUGAAAAGCUCGGUUCCAGAUCAAGUGGAGGCCGUAGCAGUCAGAGAUGGUGACCGUAUGGAGACUGGAGAUCACGAAAAGGUCCCUGAAGACGAACUAGCUGGUGUAGACAGCAAGGCGCUUGCAGAAGACGAUGAUGGAUGGGUACUUUUUGAAAGCAGCAACGUGAACGCGUGUGCAUCUUCGGAUGAUGAAUAGAGAGAAUAACUUCCAUUCUCUCUAUAUGUUUUGGUAGAACCUUGGUUCUUUUAAAACCAUCUUAUUUAAAAUCUUUCUAGCUACUUUUUAUUUUUGGUUUAGGAUUUUGGAAUUUUGGCUUCUUACAAAGUGAAUUAUCUCUGCUUUUCUUUUGUUCUACA